AUGAGCAUUAGAAAUGGCGCCUUCCCCACUUCAACUGUGGACGACUCGAAGAUGCCCUGGUUUCAUGGUCAAAUCACAAGAGAUCAGACUGAAAGGUAAGUGGAAUUGUUGGAGAUUCAUUGCUUGAUGUUUAGAUUGCUGCGAGGACGAAGCGAUGGGACUUUUUUAAUACGAAACUCUACGAAUUAUCCGGGAGACUUUACCUUGUGUGUGGCUUAUAAGGGAAAGGUCGAACAUUAUAGGUAAUAAUUUAUUUUUUUUUAUUGUUUUUAGUGUAUUUAUGUGUGAUUCAUAAUUGAGUACCUAGUACGGUUAAGAAAAUUUCCGAUUUUUCGUUAAAGCGGAAGGUGUUUAUCUUACUCAUGAGGUCAACGGAACUACUCUUUUUACCUUUUCUAUUGAAACGUUUAUGAAUCACCAGUGAGUAGCGUUGCUACAUAGCCUUCUAUUUAGCUGUUUGGCCUUAUUAAUACGUACUGAACACUUUUUUUGUCUGCACCUUCACAUAUACAAUUGGUUAUUUUAUUUCUCUCCUUUUCAGGAUAUAUCUGGUGAAGAACCAAUACACCUGCGACCACGAGGAGCUAUUUGACAAUCUCAUUCAACUCGUUUCGGUAGGCUUUGCAUAUUCAUUUUUUCGUAUUUCGAAUUUAGGUACCCAAACUUACAUUUUAUAAUUUUAGCAUUAUAAACGAGAUGCCGACGGGCUCUGCCAUCGCUUAGUGACCCCUCAGGUAUCAGAAGCAUUCCGUCUGCAGUGUGAAGCCGCGAAUCGUGAGGAACGACUAACGGAAUUCGAAUUGGCUGGGGUUAUUAUCCCGCGAAAUGAACUUCAACUUGGUGAUGUCGUGGGCCACGGAGAAUUUGGUGGUAUGUUCCUUUUUUAUUUUUAUUGUUGGCUUUUAGAUGUUCUCGCCGGGUUUUACCAUUCAAAUCGAGUCGCUGUAAAAACACUGAAGAAUGGGCUCUCAAGUGAUCUCCUCAACGAAGCUAGAAUAAUGAUGUAAGUGCGAUGAAAUUUUUACAUGAUCCGCUUUAUAACGGCGACAUCUUUUGAUGAAUAACAUUCUCAACGGUCUUCCGCAAGAUUCUUAGGCUUAGAAGAUGCGAAAUCUUAAUUUUUCUCGCUUCAGAGGCCUAAAACAUAGCAAUCUUGUUGGUCUGGUUGGAGUCGCAAUGGACCAAACCGGCUCGGAAGUCCUCAUGGUCAUAGAAUACAUGGCGAAUGGGAAUUUGGUUGAUUUCUUGAGAUCUCGCGGACGACACCAAGUCGAGAAGGAGCAACUUCUGAGGUUCUCCACGAACGUUGCUGACGCGAUGGCCUACAUGGAGUCCAGAUAUCUGGUUCAUCGAGAUUUGGCAGCCCGAAACGUUCUUCUCGAUGUGAAUUACAACGCCAAAAUUAGUGACUUUGGACUCGCCCAAAAAGUCGACCAAAAAACUGUGGAUCGCGGGCGAGGGAAAUUCCCGAUCAAAUGGACAGCUCCCGAGGCGUUGAGAGAAGGAGUAAGUUGACGGUCUUUUUGAUUUGGAGCCGGCAGAAGAGAGUAGCACUUAUUUUUUUUUUGUUUUUAUCUAUUUUUGGGCCUUUUCUGAUGAUUGAUGGCUUGUUUAAAACGAGAGAUUUGUAUCGAAACCUUUGUUUAUCAGCUUAUUUUUUUCAGGCUUUCACUAACAAGAGCGAUGUUUGGUCGUAUGGAGUCCUGUUAUGGGAGAUCUAUUCGUUUGGACGGGUGCCCUACCCUCGAAUUGUAAGGUUUUUGAUUUUUUUCGUUGAGUUUUUAGGAGACUUUGAGGUAAUGGAACUUCUUUUAGCCAAUCCAAGAUGUUGUCCGACAUAUCGAACGCGGCUAUCGAAUGGAGCCGCCCGAGGCGUGCCCAACGCCGAUGAAUGACCUGAUGACCGAGUGUUGGAACCUAAGCCCUUCGGAACGACCCUCAUUUGCGAUGAUUGUGGCUCGAUUGAAACGUCACAGCGACUUUAAUUAA